AUGCCAGAGACCCCGACGGCUGCUACGAGUGGCGGCGACGCUGGUGGUGGGAAGAGCGCAUCGCUGCUGCUCNUGGACAAGAUGCCAGAGACCCCGACGGCUGCUACGAGUGGCGGCGACGCUGGUGGUGGGAAGAGCGCAUCGCUGCUGCUCAAGGAGCAGGAGCAGUUCGUCUUUGACUUCGGGGGCGCCGCCGCGGCGCAGGACGGCAGCCGCGCCUCCUCCGCCGCUUCGCAGGAACGCAACAGCGCCAAUGACGACGAGGACGGGAGGGAGCGCCACAAUGACGCGGAUGCGGCUGCGCGAGUGCAGGGAAGGCCCGCCGUGCCUCCGCUAACUGCCACAGAGGUGCAGCAGAGCUUUACCACCGCUUUAGACGCUGGUGACAAGGUCUUCGUGAAGCUGCCGCUCGACGUGGCAGUGGAGCAGUUCCAGUUAGGCCUUCGGCGCUAUGAGGAGGCGUUGUGCCGACAGGCGAAGCAGAAGAAGUUGAAGCAGAAUCCAAAUCCAAAACAUAAGCAGCAGCCACAACAGCCGCCACGUGGGCCAGCGACGAAGCAGCGGGAUGAGCAACGCCCGGAAAGGCAGCAGCAUAGCAGCAACGUGGGAAAAAAGCGCAAGCGGUCCUGA